GGUAGCCUAGCCUACUUCCAUUCCAGUUCAGGGACGGUUCAGAGCAUUGCGCAGGCGUUGUACAGACUAAACAAGGAAGAGGGCAUGAGUGCGGACGUUUUUAUUGCAACAAAAUGUUAUGUUUAUGUUAACUCCUGAUCUGAAAAGGCGGUAUCCCUCUUUCUAUUUUCAUUUGGUUGCAACAUAGGCUAAUUGUAGUGAGUCGAGAGGAGCUGACACACUGAUUAACACGUUCGUUGCAAGUUGACAACAGUGUAUCUGAAUAGGCAAGUGUCAUCAUUGUAGCAUUUCUCAAUAUGAAAUGAUACAAUGUACCGGCUGCCAAUGUAACAUAACAAUGCAACAGUUUUAGCAAGUAAUUUAAAGUAAAGAUGAACGCUCGCAGCAGUUUAAGACAAGGAAUACUUAACACUAAGGUCAGGUACUCCAAAUUAGCCAAUGAUGAUGACGGCUACAUUGACCUGCAGUUCAAAAAAAGCCCACCAAAGGUCCCAUACAAAGCCAUUGCACUGGCAACUGUCCUCUUCUUGAUUGGCUCUCUGUUGAUCACCAUUGGAGCUCUCCUUUUGGCAGGAUACUUUGAAGUCACACAUGCUGACCGGACUGUGCCCGUUCUCAUAAUUGGAAUCUUGGUUUUCCUUCCUGGAUUCUAUCACCUGCGGAUAGCUUACUAUGCAUCGAAGGGCUACCGUGGUUACUCCUAUGAUGAUAUCCCAGACUUUGAUGACUGAGCCACUCCUAACUGAGGCAACUCCUUUGUUAUUUUCACAUAACAUUGUUGAAUACAGUAAACAGACUGGGAUCCAGGGUAGUCCCAAAGCAGAUGUCCUUUUGAUGUUUGUUCAUCAUGUCAUGUCUGUUCACUUCUUGUUCUUUGACUGGAUUACCACCAUACUUCAUUAUGAAUGACUACUAUAUUUAGAUAGGUUUGUGUUAUUGUUUCUAACAAAUAACAUGCACAUUUGUAUUUAUUUCAUGACAUAUGCAUACAUUUUACAUAUACAUUUGACAUACAUGGCACUUUCAUAUACAGCAAUCACAUAACAAUAAUACAUAACCGAACAGAGCUAUUUAAUCCCACCUCUCAGCCACUCUCAUCCCACCUAUCACUGUAGACCACCCUUGAUUUUUAGUUGACUGACCAAUUGGAAAUGUGAUUCUAGGAUGCAUUUUUUUCCCCACAUGAUUUGCAGUUUGAGGUUUAGAGCCAAUUUUGUUUAUUUAUUCCCAUAGUUUUGGCCUCGUGUAGGUAUACCCACACUUAUCUAUAAAAGUGAAGGACGUAAUUUCUGAUAAAAUACAUAGCUGUGCUGUAAGGGAGGCAUGAGUUUAAUUGUAUUGUCCAACUGAAAGACCUGAUCAGUGUAACCGUAAAUCAAUUUACUCUCACUCUGGUUGGUACCCCAACAGAACCAGUUUGAGAUAUUAUGGCUAAACUUGAAAGUUGACUUUGUUUUUCUGUUGAAAUGUCGCUUAUGCUUUCCUGGAGGGUUCCUGGUAGGAGUAUUUUAUGUGAUUAAUGCCAAUCCUUUGAUCUCCAUAUGGUGUGCUGCUAGGCCUGCGAGAGUCAAGAAGGAAUAGUUGUCACGCCACAAUAUAGUGUCUGGUGUAGUUUUCCACUGGCUGAUUUUGAAAGGCAUUGUCACUUGCAAUGAAGUCUGUAGUGUAUCCAUAUAUUCAAUUUAAAGGUAUUUGUGGUUGAGCAUCAUCUCCAAUAAAGACUGUAUCAUGAA